CUGGUCCAUUUUGUGCAUUAAAAAAAAAAAAAAAAAAAAAAUCGAGAGGUUUUAGAAAGAAUCGAGAGUCGGAGAAGAUUUCGGUGGAUCGAUGAAUAAUUGUCAGUAUAUGGAUAAGCAGCAGAUAAUGGAUCUAUCCUCUUCGUCAUCUCCACCUUCCACUGAUUUCAUCGAUCUGAUGAACAAUCAGGACGAUGAUCACCAGAAGAAGCAGGUGAUCGGCGAUGAUGGAUUGGACUCUAAGAAAGCAGAGAUCCUUCCUAGCUAUGAUUUCCAUCCCAUUCGUCCCACCACCGCCGCCACUCGAUUGUCUCACUCGGCUUUAGAUCUCGCCGGAUCUACGACUACUUCUACGGCCGCUAGGGUUCAUUGGUCCGCCUCUGAGUUUAAACCCGUUUCCACUUCGGGUUUUGGAUCUAUUGAACCUUCAAAGUUGGUUCCUGACAAGGGUCAGAAUGUGUCCAUUAUGUCUGAGAUUAUUGAUAGGACCAUGAAGAAACAUACCGAUACCUUGCUUCAUGUAAUGGAAGGUGUUAGUGCGCGUCUAUCACAGCUGGAGAGCAGAACCCUCAAUCUCGAGAACCUGGUCGAUGAUCUCAAAGUUUCUGUUGACAACAGUCACGGCACCACUGAUGGGAAAAUCAGACAGCUUAAAAAUAUCCUUGUAGAGGUGCAGAGUGGUGUGCAACUUUUGAAGGAUAAACAAGAAAUUCUCGAAACAACGCAUCAGCUAUCCAAAGUUGACCAGCCCACCAAAACACACUCUUUACAUGUUGAUCCCACUUCUCAAUCGCCUGCACCAGUCCCUCUGCAUUUACAAAUGCCUCAGUUUCCUAUUACUUCUUUCCCACACCCACCAUCUUCCCCUGCUGCUCCUUCCCAGCCGCCUUCCUCGCAACUACCCACCCAUUUUUCUCCUCAACAAGAGCCGUAUUUCCCUCCACCUCCUCCAAAACAGCCUCCUCAAACCCAAACGCAGCAUCAACCACCUUACCAGCCACCACCAUCAUCAGGCUACAACCCCGGGGAACAACAACCAUACCCAAUGCAGUCUUACCCGCCAAUCCCUCCUCAUCAGCAGCCACCUGCUGGUUCUUCCCCUUCUCAGCACUUCUACAACCCUCCUCAACCACAACCAUCAAUGUACGAUGGAGCGGGUGGUAGAUCUAAUUCAGGUUUUCCGUCCGGCUACUCGUCUGAACCUUACCCGUACAGUGGUUCACCAAUGUCAUCAGCGAAACCACCACAUAUAAGUAGCAGUGGAACUGGUUAUUCACAGCUCUCAAAUUCACGUCCAUUGCCACACGCUUUGCCAAUAAUGGUUUCAGCCGUCAGCAGCGGUGGUGGCUCUAGUUCCCCGAGAUUAGAAAGCAGAGCCCCAAUCGAUGAUGUGAUCGAUAGGGUGACAACCAUGGGAUUCCCAAGGGACCAAGUCAGAGCAACAGUGAGAAAACUGACUGAAAACGGCCAAGCUGUUGACCUCAACGUGGUUCUGGAUAAGUUGAUGAACGAAGGAGGAGCUCCACCAGGAGGUUGGUUUGAUGGUCGGUAGCCAUCGGCUUAGCUAACCAUGUACAGUACUUAAUAUCAGUUAUCGAUUUUAGGAUCACCUUUGUGACCAAAUAUCGAUUUCUUAGAGCUUGUAAGCCGUAACCCAUUGUGACUUUAUAUGAUUUCAGUUUGAUGCGUAA